AUGGAUAAAGAAGGAAGUGCUGGCGCAUCGCCGUCGAGCGGCUGGCGAUUCGCACAGUGCUUUGGUGAUAAAGGAGACAUUGAUGAUAUCACAGAAGCCGAUAUCAUUUCAACAGUCGAAUUCGAUCCGACGGGUGACUACCUCGCCACGGGUGAUAAGGGUGGCCGUGUUGUGAUGUUUGAGCGAGCGAAUUCGUCGAAUGGUGGUAGCAAACAAGGGUGUGAAUAUCGCUUCCACACCGAGUUUCAGUCGCACGAGCCUGAAUUCGACUAUCUCAAAUCGCUCGAAAUUGAAGAAAAAAUCAACCAGAUCUGCUGGUGCAAGCGACAGAAUGCUGCUCAUAUGCUAUUGAGCACGAAUGACAAGACGAUCAAACUCUGGAAGGUGUUUGACAAGCCACUAAAUGCGGUAGCCGAAGGCAGUCUAGCCACCGGUGAAGAUCCAGCAGCUAUGCUUAUAUCCUCCAACGCGCACGCAGAGUCUCGUCCGAACGGUACUUUGCAUUCUAAUCUGCUCAAACUUGGCACACCGAAUGCUGGUCUGCUCAGGCCAACGCUGUCGCCUGCCCAAUCGCGUCUUUUGCGCAUGCCGCGUCUUGUGUAUCAUGACACGAUCGUAGCGGCUGUGCCACGAAAGAUCUACGCAAAUGCUCAUGCCUAUCAUAUCAACUCGCUCUCCGUUAACUCGGAUGGCGAGACGUAUAUCAGUGCGGAUGAUCUGCGUAUCAAUCUAUGGAAUUUGGGCAUCAGCGAUCAGAGCUUCAAUAUUGUGGAUAUCAAGCCUGUGAAUAUGGAGGAGCUCACCGAGGUCAUUACCGCGGCACAGUUUCACCCGAUUCACUGCAACCUUUUAGCCUACUCCAGCUCUAAGGGUACGAUCAAGCUGGCUGAUAUGCGCGAAUCGGCUCUCUGUGAUCGCCAUGCUAAGCUAUUUGAGGAAGAGGAGGACCAAGCUAACAGGUCAUUCUUUAGUGAGAUCAUCAGCAGCAUAUCCGAUGUGCGGUUCAGCCACGACGGACGAUACAUGCUGUCUCGUGACUAUUUGUCGCUCAAGGUGUGGGACGUGAACAUGGAGUCACGUCCUCUUGCCACGAUUCCCAUUCACGACUAUUUGCGUCCGAAAUUGUGUGAUCUUUACGAAAAUGACUGUAUUUUUGACAAGUUUGAGGGUAUUUGGGGACCGACGGGCUCUACCAUCCUCACCGGCAGUUACAGCAACUACUUCCACCUCGUCGAUUGGGAGCGGGACUCGAAUAUUGUUCUUCAGGCCGACAAAACUGCGUUCAAGUCCCGUAAAUUGGCCGCAUUGCACAAACCUGGUGCCAGGAGUAUGGGCAUGAACCACAUCAAUACCAAUCACGUGGAUUUCAACCGAAAGAUCUUGCAUGCUAGCUAUCACCCGAGGGAAGACACAAUCGCUAUCGCUGCCACGAACAACCUGUUCAUUUUCUCUGCCAACAACCCCUCUGCGGCAUCUGCAUAA